UUGAAGCUGUUCGCGCAUCCGUUCUCGAGCGACAACAAUCCUGCAGCAACCAUGUUCGAGAAUGUGUGCGCCAUCCCGCUGGACCACGAGCUUUUUGCGCAGGCGGUCCAUCCAGGAGAGCCGAUUGUUGCAGUAGGACUGGCGUCGGGACACGUGCACACGUACAGGCUUCCCCCAGGCGCGAGCGAUGACAGCGACAACGACGCGACCUUGGCCUCGGAGAACGGCUUCGGGCACAUAGAGACUGCCUGGAACACGAGGCGACACAAGGGGAGCUGCAGGACUCUGGGCUACAGCAUCGACGGCGCGCAGUUGUACUCGGCGGGCACCGAUGGCAUCGUCAAGGUUGCAGAUUCUGCGACUGGCAAAGUCACGGCAAAGAUUGCUGUCCCUCUCGACCCCGCCAACAACGCCAUCGAUGCCCCGACGCUCGUCCACGCACUCUCGCCGCAGUCGUUCAUCCUCACGACCGACUCAUCGGCGCUCUACAUCUACGACAUCCGCGCAUUGGGUCCAGGGUCAAACCUGAAACCCGAAGCAACGCACCGCCCUCACGACGACUACAUCUCUUCCCUCACGCCUCUCCCACCUACGCAGGCUAGCACCAGUGGGUUUAGCAAGCAGUGGGUUACGACGGGUGGAAGCACCCUGGCUGUCACAGACUUGCGGAGAGGCGUUUUGGUACGCAGCGAGGAUCAAGAAGAAGAGCUUCUCAGCUCCAUCAUCGUGACUGGCUUGUCAAAGAAGGGCACAAACGUUGGUGAAAAGGUAUUGGUAGGUGCAGGCAACGGCGUCGUCACCCUGUGGGAACGUGGUGUCUGGGACGAUCAGGACGAGCGCAUUACCGUCGAUCGCUCCAAGGGCGGCGGCGAGAGUUUGGAUGCGCUCGCGCUGCUGCCAGAUGGUGUGGGUCCUGGUGGAAAGAUCGCUGCAGUGGGCAUGGGCAACGGCGGGCUGCGAUUCAUCAAGAUUGGGCCCAACAAGGUCAUCGCAGAACUCAAGCACGACGAACUAUCGCAAGAGGCUGUCAUUGGGCUCGGUUUCGAUGUACAUGGCAGAAUGAUCAGUGGCGGCGGCAAGACGGUCAAGGUUUGGGGCGAGAAGACUUGGCAGGACGUUGACACAGAAGAAGAAGAAGUUGCCGCAGUUGUUGCUAAGCGAGACCACGAGAGUGAUGACGAUGAAGAUAGCGAUGAAGAUAUGGAGGAUAGUAGUGACGAGGAAGAGCAGAAGCAGAAGCGCAAGAAAAGAAAGAGGAACAAGGGUACGCAGCAGAAAGGACAUGGCAUCUUGCAGUUCUCAGGGUUGGCUUGAGAGAGUGACAUGUAUCGAAUGCAACGAUACGGUUUCAAACUUCCAAGCGAUACUACCUACUCAACCUUUCGUUACGUUGCCACUGCCAUUGAUUGAGAAAUUGGACAUGUAAGCCAAUAUGCACUUUCCUUCCGCUAAACAGAACAAUCGGCGCACGAUAGGUAGUUGUAUGUUAGUUGCAUGCAUGUCUAACGUGGUAUUGGUUGAGCGACGCAGUUCUGUGACAGUUCAAGAAGACGU